GGCUUUCAGAUCCUUUGGUGAUGUUUACGGUCGCCUCGGAGUGGGAGAAUCCUCUCUGGUCAUCGUUGCCCUCAGGAUUACGCCGGAUGAGUUUGCUAUAAACAGCCUGAAUUACAUAACAGUGACAAGUGCGGUCACUGCCAGAAGAUAAGUUUCCAAGGCGGGUACAUAAGAGCGUCCAUCAUGUCAGUGGUGGGCAUUGAUGUGGGUUUCCUAAACUGCUACAUCGCCGUGGCCAGGAGUGGUGGCAUUGAAACCAUCGCCAACGAAUAUAGUGACAGAUGCACGCCGGCUUGUGUGUCUUUUGCAUCCAAAAAUCGCAUAAUUGGGAAUGCAGCCAAGAGUCAAGUCAUAACAAACUUCAAAAAUACAGUUCAUGGCUUCAAAAGGUUCCAUGGCAGAGCAUUUGAUGACCCGUUUGUGCAAGGAGAAAGAAACAAACUACCUUACAGUUUGCAUAAACUGGCCAGCGGUAACACUGGAAUUAAGGUGCGUUAUUUGGAGGAGGACAAGGUAUUUACAGUAGAGCAGAUCACAGGGAUGCUGCUCACCAAGCUGAAGGAGACAUCAGAGUCCGCCUUGAAGAAGCCAGUGGUGGACUGCGUUGUCUCUGUACCAAGCUUUUUUACAGAUGCUGAGCGGCGAUCAGUGUUGGAUGCGACGCAAAUAGCCGGGCUCAACUGUUUACGGCUAAUAAACGACACCACUGCAGUGGCGUUAGCCUACGGGAUCUACAAGCAGGACCUUCCCACUCCAGAGGAAAGGCCUCGAAAUGUUGUGUUUGUGGACAUGGGACAUUCCUCCUACCAGGUCUCCAUCACAUCCUUCAACAAAGGCAAACUCAAGGUCCUUGCGUCGGCGUUCGACCCCUACCUGGGCGGGCGUAACUUUGACGAGGCUUUGGUGAAUUACUUCUGCGAGGAGUUCAAAGUCAAGUACAAGCUGCACGUGCGAGAGAACCCGAGAGCCGUGCUGCGUCUACAUCAGGAGUGCGAGAAACUCAAGAAGCUGAUGAGCGCUAACUCCUCAGACCUGCCACUCAACAUCGAAUGCUUCAUGAAUGACAUUGAUGUCACCAGUAGGAUGAACAGAGGCCAUUUUGAAGACAUGUGUUCCCAGUAUCUAAUGCGGGUGGAGAUGCCGCUGAAGGUCGCACUUGAACACUCAAACCUAAGCCGGGAUGACAUCUACGCCGUGGAGAUAGUUGGAGGAGCGACGAGAAUGCCGGCCAUUAAAGAGAGGAUCGCAAAAUUCUUCGGCAAAGACGUCAGCACCACGCUCAACGCUGACGAGGCUGUCGCUAGAGGCUGUGCCCUUCAGUGUGCAAUCUUGUCUCCAGCGUUCAAAGUACGGGAGUUCUCCAUCACUGAUACCGUCCCCUUCCCCAUUACACUACGCUGGAAAUCACCAACAGAGGACGGACUGGGAGAGUGUGAGGUAUUCAGUAAGAAUCACGCUGCUCCGUUUUCCAAAGUGAUCUCCUUCCACAAGAAGGAGCCUUUUGACCUCGAGGCCUUCUACAGCUGCCCUCAAGAGCUUCCAUAUCCGGACCAGAGAAUAGGAUGCUUCACAGUACAAAAUGUGGUACCGCAACCAGACGGAGACAGCUCUAAAGUGAAGGUCAAGGUGCGUUUUAAUGUUCAUGGCAUCUUCAGUGUGUCCAGCGCCUCUCUGAUCGAGAAGCAGAAAGGAGAAGGGGAGGACAUGCAAAUUGAUGCAGAGCCGCUCGUGCAGAAUGAAGGCAGAGCUGAGGAUCAGACCAAAAUGCAAGUAGACCAGGACAUCCAAAGCCAGGGGGACAACGUAAAUGAAGAAGAUUCCACCACUAAGGAGGGAAAUGAUGCAGGGGACAUGCAAGAUCCAGCAGCAGCAGCAGGAGGUAGCAAGGCCAAAGUGAAGGCAAAGAGCGCCGAUCUGCCCAUUGUGGCCAGCAACAUCCGACAGCUUAACAGUGAAGUACUUUGCAGCUUUGUCCAGUAUGAGCGUCAGAUGAUCGUGCAGGACAAACUAGUGAAAGAGGUGAACGAUGCUAAAAAUGCUGUGGAAGAAUAUGUAUACGAUCUCCGAAACAAACUCUGUGGCAUCUAUGAAAAGUACAUCACAGAGGAAGACAGUAACAGGUUAACGUUGCUGCUGGAGGACACUGAGAACUGGCUGUAUGAAGAAGGAGAGGACCAACCCAAAGAUGUCUACGUGCAAAAACUAGACGCACUCAAGAAUUUGGGUCAACCUAUUCAAGAACGGCACAGAGAGCACGAGGCCCGGCCGAAGGCUUUGGAAGAGCUUGGCAAGCGGCUUCAGUUCUACAUGAAGUUUGUCAACUCUUUUAAACAAAAGGAUGAACGUUACCAACACUUGAGUGUAGAAGAGGUGAACACUGUGGAGAAGUGCAUGAACGACACGAUGAUGUGGAUGAACAGCAAGAUGAAUGCACAGAAUAAACUGGCCAUCACUCAAGACCCCAUCGUCAAAGUAGCAGAAAUCAUGGCAAAGAUACAGGAAAUGCAGGAUUUGUGCAUCCCGGUGAUCAACAGGUCCAAGCCCACUGUGGAAGAAGUGCAGGAGGUGAAUGAACACAACAGCAAAGCUCACAAUAACGGCCCUGCUUCCAAACAAGGCCCAGAUGGGACGGGCGACGCCAAGGGAAACCAGCACAUAAAAUCCACCACAAGAGAGAUGGAAAUGGACUAAGGUGAUCUGGCAUUGGCAUCCAUCUCCACGACGACCCAUCAGCAACCAUGUAGACAGUAGGGGUAGUGUUACGGUACCUGUGACCGCUUCUCAAUCCUCAUCAGCCACGUGUGGAUUUAGUGGCUUUGUUUUUCAGUUCACACUCUCAAUAUCUAUCCUCAUGUGACUGACUAUGGUGUGCUUUUGCUUUUCAAAGCUUUUGACAAUUAAAAAAGAAACAAUACAAUAGAUCCAGAUCUUUCACCUGUCCCUUAAAGGAAGCGUUUGCCUUCUGUGUCCUCUAUUAUAGCGUCUCAGCAGUAAACCCCACAGGUGAACCAGUGUACACAACAAUAGCUGUUACCAAAUUCUUAGUUUGUAUGCAGUACUACUCAUUCUAUAUAUUUGUAAUACAUUUGAGGCGAUGUUAAAGUCCACAAAUGUAAAAUUCUAUUUUAAUAUUUAAGAAAAGCCACCAUUAUAUUUAAGAUUAGGAAUUAACAACACAUUCCCUAUAGUGUCUGUAGGAAGUGAUGGGCUGCCUAUUUCCUUGUUUUCUUGCAAGUUUCCUUAUAGGAUUGAAGAUGACAAUAAACUCAGUAAGAGAAAAAU